AAGUUUAGGCUAAAUUAGGAUAUAGAGCCGGUGAUAAACUCGAGUAGAAAUCUGACAGUUACCUUAAAAAUUGACACAAAAGAAUUACAAUGUAGGCAUAAAUAAGGUUUCCCAAUUAUCUCGUCAAAAACAGAGCAAAAUGUCGUCGGUUGCAGACUAUGUUGUUUUCGGUGUAAUCCUUGCUUUGUCUAUGGCAAUAGGAAUAAUUUCAGCUUGGAAAGCAAGAAGAAACAAAAAAGAUGGCCAAACUGAAGAAUUUCUCCUCGGAGGCAGAAAAUUACAUUUCAUUCCAGUUGCAUUCUCUAUAAUUGCCACUAGUCUCUCUGCUGUAGCUGUGCUAGGAAUACCAACAGAAGUGUACGUUAAUGGCUCUAUGUACUGGCUUAGGAACCUAUGUGCUCCCAUCAUAGGGCCCAUAGCCGCCCAUGUAUUUGUUCCAUUGUAUCACAAGCUACGAUUGACCAGUGUUUAUGAGUAUAUUGAAUUGAGGUACAACAAAGUGGUGCGUAUACUAGGUGCGACUAUCUUCACACUAGGAGGGAUCCUUAAUCUCGGUGUCCAGCUUUAUGCCCCAUCAACAUUUUUGAGUUAUGUGAUGGAUAUGCCUAUAUGGGUAGCAGUGUUGGUGAUGGGCGGAAUAUGCACAAUAUAUACAGCUAUUGGUGGUAUUCGAGCAGUAGUAUGGACUGACGUUUUGCAAACGUUGAUAAUCAUAGCAGGAUCACUAGCAAUUGUUAUCCGGGGAAUGAUGGAAGUUGGUGGUUUCGAGAAAGUCAUGCAGAUCAACAAUGAGGGAGGGCGUAUUCAACCAUGGAAUUGGGAUCCAAAUCCAUUUGUUCGUCACACUGUCUGGUCGCUUGGGCUUGGGAGUGUGUUCUCGUUUGGAUCAAACUAUUUCCGUGGCCAAGAAACGAUUCAACGUUAUGGAAGCAUCAGUUCAAAAAGAAAUGCACAAAUUUUGUCACUGUAUACGUUUGUUGGGUUUGUAAUGUACGCUGUUUACCACAAGUGUGACCCUGUAAAGAGCGGCAGGGUGCGGAACCAUAAUCAGCUGAUGCCUUUAUUUGUGACGGACAUGUUAUCAUCAGCACCAGGUGCUGUUGGAUUGCUGGUCGCGUGUGUCGCAAGUGCAGCUCUCAGCACAAUGUCAUCUAUACAAAACGCAAUGGCAGCCGUCUGGCUCGAGGAUUUCAUCAGACCAAUUUAUAGAAAAAUAUACAAUAUGGAAAUAUCUGAUUUCAAAGGAAAACUUGUGGCUCAAAUUAUAGCAAUUGUUUUCGGGAUAUUAGUUAUAGGCGUCGCAUUAUCAGCUGAAUAUCUUGGAUCGACCUUGGUCACUUUACAAGUGCGAAUCGGUGGAAUUGCGGGUGGUCCAAUAACUGGACUAUUUCUCCUCUCAGUAUUCUUUCCAUGGACAACAACACCGGGGGCUCUUAUUGGCACACUCGUCAGCAUGGGUAUUACAACAUGGAUAGGGAUAGGUGCAUUCUUACAUCCGGGGCCCAGUACUGCACUUCCGUCUUCUGUAGCAGGGUGCCCAUUGGUUAAUACAACAACUGUUGUCAUGGUAUCUGAUCUAACAACAGAGUUUUCCGGUUUUGUAUCAACUACUCAACAAUCAGGACAUAGCGGUAGCAGCAGUAUAAUAACUCUUUAUAGACUUUCGUACAUGUGGCAAGGUGGGUUCGGUGCAUUAAUGACGAUUAUAUUUGGAAUGGUCGCCUCUUCUAUACAACUCUGUGUUACAGGAUUUCCUCGGCUGGACGACGUCAAUCAAGACUUGGUGUUUAACUGCUGUGAUAAAGUUUGUUGUUGUUGUUCUGAAUCCACAUAACAAUGCUGUAGAGCAACAGGAAAAAGCCACUUAGUUGAGAAACUUGAUUACAUAACUGAUAGCGAUUGUGUACCUGGGAGUGAGUACUAUUACAAUAGCAAGGAAUAUUUAUCAAGACAUUCACCCGGAGAACUAGAUGUUGAUGAAGUAACCAAGAUAUGAAUGCAUGUGUACAAAAUUUAUAACUAAAUGAUAAAGCGAAAAAGCCAUAUUGCAUUUAUGUUUAAGUGAAAGAGCUAUAUAUGGAUCAA